CCAAAGUAGACCUUCUUUCAGUUCAACAACAUACAAUGGAUUCUAGAAGUCGUGAAGACACUAGGAUGGUAGAAGAUGGGGAUGCUAAGGCUCUGGAGAACCCCCACAAAGUUUUUGUGGGUGGCAUUUCCUACCGCAUGGAUGAGAUCGGACUCAGAGAACUGUUUGACAAGUACAACCCUGAUACCGUGGUCAUUCAGCUAGACAAAAUGACUCAAAAGCCACGCGGCUUUGGUUUCGUUACCUUCAAGGACCGCGAGAGCAUGCUGGACGCUAUCCGCGACCUGCACAACAAGGAUGUGGAUGGCAGACCUAUUUCCGUGAAGGAGGCUAUUCCGCAGGACCAGAUUAAGCCAGGAACGCCAGCGUCCGCGCUUACUCGUGGAAGUGGAAGCCGGGACGGCGGCGGUCGCUACGAUCGCGGUGGCUAUGACCGCAGGUAUGACCGCGGCGGCUACGACCGGUAUGGCGGAGGCGGUAGCUAUGAUCGCGGCUAUGAUCGCUACGGUGGUGGCGGUGGCGGUAGCUACGGGGACCCUCGCAGCUACGACUAUGGGCGAGGUGGCUAUGGAGACCGCGGCGGCGGCUAUGGGGGCUACGGCGGGGGUGGCUACGAGCGGGAUCCAUACUACCGGGACCCCUACGCGCGGGACCCCUACGCUGCGCCUCAAUAUGGGGGAAGCUACGACAGCCGUUACCCCUCGGACAGCCGUUACCCCUCGGAUAGCCGUUACCACGGCGCGUACGACAGCCGUUACCCCUCGGACUACCCACCUGAAGACAGGUACCGCGGCGGUGCUGGCGGUGGCGCCGGCGGCCCGGACCGCAGCCGGUACCCCUCUGGGCCAGCCCGCUCUGCACCUUACGGCAGGCCCGAUGACCGCCGUGACGUGCGCAGGUAGAGGCGUCAACACUUGGUGUUGGGUCAACAACUAGUGAGUUGCAUGCUGGAAGGCUUGGAGGUUUCAGACAGCGCCAGACAGCUCGCAAACCAGCGAGGCAGGUGUUGCAUUUAGCUUUGUCAGCAAGCAACAACUGAUGGGGCGGAGCAGCUGUCAGAGGCAUUAUAGGCGCGACCGUUGAGCAGCAUGCAGUGACAGAGGGUCAGAGGCGGUUGACAGGCAGUUUGGUGUGUAAGCUUCUGCGCAACCCAGUUGGGGAAAAGAGUGGGAAGGCAGUGUUUGGGGCACAGCGUGGUUGCAGCACACAUGCUAUAGCGCAGCUUGCGCACAGCUGCAUGACAAAUAGUAACAGAUGGGGCAGUGUUCAGUGGCUUGGACAGCGCUUUGGGCCGUAGUUGCAAGUAUGCAAUUGACAUCACAGUUGAUCCAGACUUGGUUCAGGCAUGAGCAGCUCUAGCACAUGGAAUGCGGCAGCUGUUUGGUUCAGCCUGCUUCCCCAGCGUGCAGCUGGCCUUGAGGUAAGUAAAAGAUGUGUGCUGUUCGUGCUAGCCGAAAGGGUGCGUCCUUUCUGCGGCGUGUUGGUCGGCUGUUGCAUGCGGUGUUGGGUAGGAGGCAAGGCUGGGAUGGGGCAACGGUUGGCAUCUCGUCAGGGUUUGGGGGCUGCUUCCUUGCCCAAGCUUGUCCCUUGUCCUCGCUUGUAAUAAUCAGG